GGUGCAAUGCAAUAACAUUUCAUAUUCUCCACAUCAAUGAAGUAACUAACUCCUACUGUAAUGUUGCUUCCUGCAGCUCACUUCCACUUCUUCCACAUUUUUCCUCUCUCUUCUUCUUCUUUGCACUUUUUCCCUCUUCAAUUCCCCAUAACCAAAACCAAAUUCUUCAGUCGUUGUUCCGCAACCAACUAUGAAACCGGAUCCCGUGGCUCCUCCGCCAUCGAACAUAUGGCGGAAAAGCUCCGCCGCCUCGGCAUCACCGAAUCGCCUACCUCCAACUCCUCCGGCGGCGAAAUUCGCGUGCUGUUCCCUCACGAACUCCCGAAGCAGCGCGGGGAGGAAAUGUUCGAGCCGAGUUGGAGCACGCCGCUGAACCCGGUGCCGGUCCCUGGGAGUGGCAUCGCGGUGCUGAGCGCGAGGGAGGUGGAGAGGCGGAGAAAGCGGAGGAAAGAGGAAUUAAUGAGGCGGAAGGAGCCGUUGCCGACGCUGGCGGAGCUGAGCCUCCCGGACUCCGAGAUUCGGCGGCUGACGACGCUAGGGUUUGCGGCGAGGCGGAAGGUGCGGCUUGCGAAGGCUGGCGUCACGGAGCGGAUGGUGAACGUGAUUCACGAGCUGUGGAAGCACACCGAGGUGGUGAGGGUCUUUUGUGAGGAGUUUUCUAGAUUUGACAUGAGAAGGACUCAUGAUGUGUUGGAGAGAAAAACUGGUGGCCUCGUUGUUUGGAGAUCUGGAACUAAGGUAAUACUGUACAGAGGGACUGAUUAUAAGUAUCCUAACUUCCUAUCAGAUAAAGUUUCGAGACAAGACAACACUAGUGAUGAUGCUUCGCAACUUGUCAACAGCGAUGAUAAAUAUUUUUAUAAAAGUGAGAGUCACUUAUCUGAAUCAAAUUCAGCAGCAUGUGCUCUGGAAAAUUCAAAUGCCAAAACAGCAAAACCUGCACUGAUACUAGGUGUUGGUACUCCCAAUAAAGUACGAUUUCAACUGCCUGAUGAGGCAGAGCUAGCUGAAGAUACAGACUGCUUGCUAAUGGGGCUUGGGCCAAGAUUUACUGAUUGGUGGGGAAGUGACCCUCUGCCUGUUGAUGCUGAUCUUCUGCCUGCCGUUGACCCUGGUUAUAGAAAGCCUUUUCGUCUUCUUCCAUAUGGUGUGAAUCCUAAACUAACAGCUGAUGAAAUGACCACUUUGAAGAGACUUGGCAGACCUCUACCUUGUCAUUUUGCAUUAGGGAGAAACAGAAACCUUCAAGGAUUGGCUGCUGCAAUUAUUAAGCUUUGGGAAAGAUGUGAGAUAGCCAAGAUUGCUGUGAAAAGAGGUGUGCAGAAUACCAGCAGUAAAAUAAUGGCUGCAGAGUUAAAGCGUCUGACAGGAGGAAUUCUCCUUUCCCGGGAUAGAGAAUUUUUUGCUCUGUAUCGAGGAAAGGACUACUUGUCAGCUACAAUGUCUUCAGUCAUUAAAAAGCGUGCGAAAAAUAAAAUGCACGAACCUAAGGCUAGAAACAGUUCAUCUGCUAAAGUCACUCCAGAACAGAAAGGGGGAACCAUAGAGUGUGAUUCUGAAGUAAAGGUUAGGAACUUCCAGAAGGAUACUAAACGACCAAUGUUGACUAAGGCUGAGUUAGCUAUCAAAAGAAUUAGCAUCAAAUUGUCAAUGGCAUUAGAAAAGAAAGCAAAGGCGGAAAAAAUUCUAGCUGAUCUGAUAAAUGCAGAGAGUCCCCGAGAACAAGAACUUGAUAAAGAGGGUAUUACUAAAGAAGAGAAAUACAUGCUGCGGAGGAUUGGCUUGAUGAUGAAACCCUUCCUGUUACUAGGUAGACGAGGAGUUUUUGAUGGAACAGUAGAAAAUAUGCAUCUUCAUUGGAAGUAUCGGGAGCUUGUGAAGAUAAUAUGUAACGGAAGCCUGGAAGAUGUUCAUCAGAUAUCUUUGACCUUAGAGGCAGAAAGUGGUGGAAUAUUAGUGGCAGUAGAGAGAGUGAGAAAGGGCUUUGCAAUCAUUGUGUAUCGUGGAAAGAAUUAUAGUGCCCCUCCUUGUCUGAGGGUUCGAAAGCUUUUAAAUAAAAGGCAAGCUUUGAAGCGUUCUAUAGAGGCACAGCGCCGUGAGUCGUACAAGCGUCGUAUUUUGAUGCUAGAAAAGAAAAUAAAUGAACUGAAACUUCAGAUGGUGGAAGGUAACGAGGCUAACAGUAAGCAGAUAGUUGAAGCGUGGAGAUUUGACAUGGCUACAGACAAACAAGAAGCUUUUUCAAAUUUCAUAAAUUGGAAUUCUCCUAAAGAAGCAUCUGUUGACAAUCAACAAGCAAUACAGGAGCAGCCAGUUGAGCUGAUUGAUAGCGGUGGAAUUAAUCAAGGUGAACAAGAUAAUUCUGUCAGUUGGAAAUCUCCUAGAGAAGCUUCUGUUGACAAUCAACAAGCAAUACAGGAGCAGCCAAUUGAGCUGAUUGAUAGUGGUGAAUCGCAUCAAAGCGAACAAGAAAAUUCUAUAAAUUGGAAUUCUCCUACAGAAGCUUCCGUUGACAAUCAACAAGCACUACAAGAGCAGCCGAUUGAGCUUAUUGAUGGAUGUGGAGCUCAUCAUGGUGUACCAAAACAUUCCAUAAAUUGGAAUUCUCCUAAAGAAGUUUCUCUUGAAAAUCUACAAGUAAUACAGGAGUACUCUGUUCAGCUUAUUAAUGGACUUGGAGCUCGCCAAGAUGAACCAAAAAAUUCCAUAAAUUGGAAUUCGCCUAAAGAAGCUUCUGUUGACAAUCUAGAAGGAAUACAUGAUCAGCCAGAUGAGCUGAUCGAUAGUAGUGGAGCUCAUCAAGGUGAACCAGAAAAUUUCACUAGUUGGAAUUCUUCAAUAAAAGCUUCCAUUAGCAAUCUGCAAGCAGUACAGCACAAACCAGUUGAGCUGAUUGAUGGGAGUGGAGCUCGACGAGAUGAACCAGAAUCCUGGCCUAGUUUAAUUCACAAGGAAACACAAUUGGAUGAAAUGAGUGAUUCUGAUAAUGAGCAUUGCAUCUCCAAUAGCAAGGCAAUGGAGCCAUCAUCAUCGUCAUCAUCAAAAAAUGAUCCUGAACCAUCAGUUCCAGUGAUAAAUAUGAGUUUCCCUUCUAGAUCUCUGCAUCUUUCAACCAAAGAGAGGCUUCUUCUACGGAAGCAGGCCUUAAAGAUGAAGCAACCUGUUGUUGUCAUAGGAAAGAGCAAUAUUGUGUCUUCUGUUGUGCAAGCAAUUAAACUUCAUUUUGAACAGUACCCUCUUGCUAUAGUUAAUGUCAAAGGAAGGUCAAAAGAAACCACAGUUCAGGAGCUGGUGUUCAAGCUAGAGCAAGAAACAGGUUCCCUUCUAGUCUCUCGGGAGCCUAGUAACAUCAUACUAUAUAGGGGUUGGCCAGCAGAUGAACCAAUCAAUGCAAAAAAUGUUAAUAAAAUGAGUAAAGAUAGAAGGAUAACAUCCAAUGUCUCCACUGGGUAUACACACAGGAGCAGGAACACGAAAAGAAGAAUAAGUAUGAUAGGGAGAAGAAGAAUUGGUACUAGGAUAGGGAAAAGAAGUAUUGGUAGGACAAGCUCUAGGUCAAAUUUUAAUUUUAGGAGAAACUCUUCCCCCAUCUUUAGCCCUAGUUCGUAACACCAUAAUUUAGUAAUGUUAUGUCAGGGAAAAUUUGGGGGUGAUUGAAGGGUACUGAAAUUUUUAGUGGGAAGAACACCCAGCAAGAACCGAAAAAGAAAUACUAUAGGAAAGAAGCCUCCACUAAUUUUGAAGCCUUCCUUCACUCCUCAAAGUGCAUAGUUUUUUGUUUGUCAAACGUGUUUUUUCUCUGGGACUCAACUCACAUGUCUCAUCACAUCUCCGUCCCAGGUACAAAGUCAUAAUACUCAAUAUACUUGAAUCAUAUUUGGGCAAUAAAAGAAGAAAAAAAAAUGUAUAAAUAUGAAAUAUGUAACUGUCUAAAAAAACAUAAAGGGAUGAAUGCACAUUUAAAAG